UCAAGGCCAUCCAGUUAUCGUUCCUGUAUGUCAGACCAGAAACUGACAGAGUAUCUAUCCGCGGGCCGGAAGGCCAAGCGGAAUCACCACAGUCCCCGUUCGCUGUUUUCGCUUCCUAGCUGAUCUUCGCGGCCCAAGCUCAAUUCCAGCGAUUGUGGGAAACGACGCAGCAACUGAUUCUUCUGCGUUUCGAAGUUCAAGGAGGAUUCCCGGUGUACGGAGGCAGAGUUCUCGGCCAAGAGAGGUAGACGCAGGUUGGGUACUUCUUUGCGGAGCGGCGUUGAUGGCGCGUCUUCACAGAGGAUACCGGCGGGGUUGCUUAAGCCCUUGCUUGGCUCGUCUUUUUUUCUUGCCCCUCGUGGCCGCUUUCUUUGAGACGGGCAGUAAAUCUGUGGUAACUAGGUCCGAACCGAGCGAACAUGAAAGGACUGGGGGUGUGGUAGGCCAGUCUGUAACAUGCACAUCGUCUGUCUAUGGUCCCUUUCAUGUCGUCCUCGAACCCUUUGAGGGCCGCAAUUCCUUUUCAAUCGCCUGUGCUGAUGGAGGCGUUCUCGUCCCCUCUGCCGACGUGUUCACUCAUAGCUUUUGUUCUGUUCUUACGUCUUUACAAGCUUGUUUUAGCGAGGGUCCAGAUUACCGCGGUCCAGAGUUCUUCGACGAUUUCUCCAGCACUUGGUGGGAAGGAGAUCCCACGAAACCCCACGAAGGGAUGACCUUCACUAUUCCGCUCAGUGUAUUUCCAGCAGAAACAAAAACUAUCAAGCUAGGGUGUUUAUACAUUCGGACCAAGAACAUCUGCCGGGUUGUUGUGUCAGCGAGGAAGAAGUUGGUGCCCGUGACGGGUGUCGUACAAACAAAGUCUAGCGGCACUGUGGCUCGUACGGGGUCAUCAGCAACAUUCCUGAAGAGCGUAGUGUUGGCCAUCAUGGCUGCCGUUUUAUGAACUAACGGGCGGUGAGAGCGGAAUCCAGAGAGACGACCACUGCUUCGACAUUAAUGUGAACUGGACAGCUUGACCGGAGCCAGGGUGGUUGGUGGCCGGCUGAGAAAUCCUCCACUGGUGAAGGCAGUGGACGACCAGUGGUGGAAAGGCGACUCGUGGUGGGCUUACAGUUUAUUUGUAUCUCUCUUACGAGGUAGUUUCGCUCGUCUUUGCAAUUAUUUCUGCGUCUGUGCCUACGUUGCGGCUGGACACGAGCUCGCGCGUAUUUUUAAGUUCCUGCGACCACAACACUGCACAGGUGGAGGUAGGGACCCAUGUUGGUGUUGCACGUUUUAUUCCACUGUUGGCAUGACGACGGCAUGUACUUGGAAGGGAGGACCAAUGCGUUGUCUUUGCUCUAUCGCAUUAACACACAUGCCUCGAGAUUUGUUUUCCGUGGUUCAUCAGCUGAUAAGUAUUUUGUGUAACGCUUGUCCCUGUCUCGCUGUGUAACUACAAUGACCAGGUCACGGGUGAAGUUUCCAUCCCAUGUAAAGAAGUGUGUUCAGCUGAAGGACGGCGCCUGCCGGAAAAACUUGUGUGGCGUCGUAUGCAGCCGGGUGGAAGAAUGUCAUUUUCAACAACGAAAUGUCCUUUGUCGCUUGGUUGUGCUUCAUGCAGUCUUGCUGAACUCGCGCGUCAACUACAUGUGCUUAAAGGCGUGACACGCAUGAAAACAUAAGCUAACUAAUUUUACGCGGAAAUUAAAAUCCCACUGGGAGGCUCUCAUUACUUCGGAAGAAGGGUGUGGAAGUCUCAUCCAUCUGCCUGUAUUCAGUUUUCUCGGAUAGGCACUGCGCGCGUGCGAGCCUCCUGUAGACCCACCUGGACGGGCAUAGUGAUUACGACCCUCACGGAAUGUGCUUAUAGCUGACUUCGUGGAACUGUCCAGGACGGGGUGAUUGUUUGUGUCUGCGUGUGCAGUGCUUCACCAUCAGUCGAACUGUAGCGUAUUUGAGGGUAGGCGGCCAAAUAGGAGGAACUGGACAAAUCUUAAGACUGCUCGUCCAUCAUGCGCCACUUCAUUGUUGUGAGAGAGCCUCGUAUCACUCUUUGUGACUGUGCAUGCAGAAAUGUGACGCGAUAAAAUGGUGGGGGGUUGUGGUCUGAGCGUUGUGCGCAUAGCAUCUGUCGGAUGGACGCCAGUCUGCGUUCGUUAGAUUUACAAGUACGUUGCCUGUAAUUCGUAGCAGUUGAUAGCAGAUUCAGCAGCCAUUAUGUGCAAUUGAAGGAUAGGAGUCUUUUAUUGCAUCAGUGGGAAGAAACAACGAUAGCAGCCCAUGCUAUGACGUCGUGAAAGUAACUGCGCUGGAUGGCCGGCCGUCUCUCUGGAAGAAAUGCCAUCCAAAUCCGCUGGUGUCACCAGGGGGCAAGCGAGCACACAUUGACAGCACCCGGAAGAGAUGACUAUACGCUACUGGCAUAGGCAGCGACUCAGCGGAACACCCAUGAGAGCAC